CGAAUCCCGUCAUCCCUGCCCUGCCUCCCGCCACCGCCGCAUCCUUCCUGCGCUCCCUCCACGACACACCGCUGCCCUCGUCCGACCUGGCUGCCCAUGCUAGUGGGCGGCUCCCGCUUGCUGCAGUAAAACGCUCGAGUCGCGGUCAUUGUGGAUUGGCUCGCGGACGCCCAUGAACUUCACCCUUGACGACGACUCUCCCGACCUCAUAUACUCUGCCAGCGGCUGGGGAAUCCAGAGCGCGUCAAAUCCCGAUCUCGAGUCGUACUUCCAGCGCACGUACCAUGUCGCCGAAGCUGAUGGCGCGACCGUAAACUUCACCUUCACCGGUUCCGCCUUGGCCAUCUACGGAUCGACUGGCCCCGGGCAUGCAGACUUUGACGUGCAGUUCGACGACGACGUGAUAGAGCUCUCCGCGUUCGCUGCCGAGACACAGUUCCAGCAGUUGCUGUUCCAACGCUUCUUCUCCUCGCCCGCCAACGCCAGCUCGCACUUCAUCUCGCUCAAGGCCAAGUACACGAGCGUCGGCACGUGGCUCGAUGUCGACUUUCUGACGUUCACCGACGGGGCGAUCUCGUGGACCGCGACGACGAGUGCAGCGGUUGCCACGGUGACGCCUCCGUACAUCAGCGGCUCGUCUUCUCUCGUCACAUCCCCGAGCGCUUCGCCGUCCCCAUCCUCCUCCGCGUCCGCGUCAUCCUCCUCCAAAACCCCCGUCAUUAUCGCCGCUCUCUUCGGCGCCAUCAUCGUCCUCGCCCUUCUCGCCUUCCUUAUCUACGCCCUCCUCCGCCGCUUCUACGAACACGGCCGCGCGCGCGAGCGUCAAUUCCGCCACGGCCAGCCCACCGGCGGCGGUACACUGUCCUCCAGCUUCGGAAACAGCGCCGCCGCCCCGGCCCGCUCGACCGCCUCCCCUGACGUGCGCGACCACAGCCACGGCGUCCUCGCCAGCCUCCUCAACUCGUCCACGCUGAGCCUCGUCUCGGCCUCCGCGCCGACCUCGCAGAUCGCGUUCGCCCCGCCCUCGCCCACCGCCGCGCGUGCGGGCAGUCCGAGCGUUGUCACGGGCGUGCAUGCCCCCACGCCUGCGUCGCCCAUGAGGUCGCUCUUCUCCCAGCCUGUCUUCUUCCAAAAGAGCCACAAGGGCGAUGCGGACUCGUUACGGACGGACUUUUUGCAGGUGUGAGCGGGCACCGCUCAGGCCCGUGUGUAUCUUGGUAUUAUUAUCCCGGACUCUCUUAGUAGCCACCUAUCUAUGCCAGAGGCAGCAGCGUUAUUACAGUUCUU